AUGGGAAUUCCUGACUGCCCUUGUCAGGUCAUGGAAUCCGCAACUGCUACUGAUUUCAAGUUUUCUCCAGAGGACAGUAACCCUGAGUGGAGAUAUGAAAACAACAGGCAUCAGAAAAGUAUGAGGAAGCAUACACCUGCUAAGUGGAGUUGGAAAAUAGCAGCCAAGGAAUGGCAAGAGAAGCAACACAAGAAGUGCACUGGAUGGGAAGUUGCCUUAGGAUGCUCUGAAAAAGCUUCUGAAGUUCAAGAGCAAGUUCCAAAGUCUUCAGAUGCUGAUACAGAGAAGGAAAAAGUGGUGUCACAGGCUAGAUGUGAUGAUGACUGUGAUACAGACACAAGCAUCAACAUCACAACAAGAACUCAGUCCCCAUCCCCAACCCCAAGCUCAUCUGUAGAUCUUCAGGCCUCAUCUCCAUGUUCAUCUGCAGAUAAUUCUUAUGAGAAUAUCUUCCUUUCAUGUACUUGGUCAGAGUUGCCAGAAGAGAUGCUUUCAGAGGGAUCUCCUACCAUUGAGCACUGCAGUAUAAGUGACACAGGUUCUUUCAACACACUAGGAUCACAACUGUCAAGUACUGGAUCUGAUGAUGUGGUUCUUCCAACAGUCAGCAAUAUCACAAAUAGUGCUCAGCAGUUUAUCUUUCAUUACCAUGCAACAUCCAUUGAUGAAUUGAGGUCAACCCCUGUAUCUCAGUUGGAUUGCAAGGCCAUUCCUUCUGGAAUCACCAAGAGAAAUCAAUGGAAAUAUGAUCAUGUCAUUCACUCUCCAUCUGGUCCCUUCUUUGUGAGUCAGAUCAAGCCAGAUAUGAAUAAUCUGUGUCCUCUGAAUGAGCAAUCAAGGUUCAAGCAAGUGAAGCCUGAAGUAUUUCCAUCAUCAUCUCAACCCAUUCCAGUUGGUAUAGUACUCAGUGAAAGAAAUUUGAGGAAGGAGGAAAAAGGAAUGGGGAUUCAUUGCAUGCACCCGGCAGAACAAGGGAAGCUGGCAUGGGAGAAAAGACAACAGCUCAUUCUAAGUCUGAGAACUCAAACAUAUGAUUCUCCCUCAGCACUAAAACCACUGAAAUUGCAGAAGCCCUAUGAAGUUCCACUAGAGGGGAGGCCAUACACUCCUCCUACACGUGACAAUAUCCCAGGACGAUAUUCUCUUGAUGUGGAGAACCUGAAGGAGAAGUACAUUGACACACAUUGUCACUUGGAUUUUCUCUUCUCCAGACUUCGUUUUGAGGGCCCACUCAGCUUGUUCCAAGAGACAAAUGCAUCAGACUUUCCCUCAGCAUAUGGGGGCUGCAUUGCUAUCUUCUGUCAACCAACAACUUUCCAUAAGGUUGCCAUGUGGAAGUCAUUGCUGGAAGAUGAAAAUGUUUGGGGUGCAUUUGGCUGCCAUCCUCGCUUUGCAGCAUGUUACAAUGACUCCACUGAAAGCUUUCUGCGCCAAGCACUUCAGCAUGAGAAAGUGGUAGCCUUGGGUGAAAUAGGACUUGACUAUUUCAGCAGGUAUGGAGAUAUUGUGCCAGAAGAUUUGCAAAAGAGUGUCUUCAAGAAGCAGCUAGCUAUUGCUAGACAAUUUCAAUUACCAUUGGUCAUCCAUUGUCGUGAUGCUGACCAAGACUGUUUGGAAAUUCUCAAAGAGGAACUACCCCGAGAGUAUCGCUUCCAUCGGCACUGCUUCACGGGAUCAUGGGAAGAAGCAAAAAUUUGGUUGGAUGAAUUUCCCAACUGCUUCUUUGGACUGACUGGGCUAGUCACAUAUCAAUCUGCUACACCUGUCCACAAUGUUGCCAAGAAGAUACCCUUAGAUCGUCUGCUGCUUGAGACUGAUGCCCCCUAUUUUUGUCCUCGUCAAGCUGCCAAGGAGAAGCGCCAUAGCAAUCCAGGCAUGGCUCUACAUGUUGCUGCUCAAAUUGCUGCUUUGCGACAGACAAGCCUUGAUGAAAUCAUCUGCAAGACCAGACAAAAUACCUCUAAAAUGAAGGAAAGAAUUCAGUCCCUUCUGCGAGAACGUUCCGCUAACGUGAAAGAGCUAAACUUAUAG